AAGAAGUUAGGUCGCUGAAACCUAGCAUCCUUGAUUUAGCUGCCUCUUUAUUCAUCACAAUCUCUGUACUAAUUGGCCUCGAUUUGUCUAAAAGUGCUCGAUUGUAACAUAAGCAAUCCGACACACCAGUCUAGAAGAUGUCCACUGCUCUGGAGAGCUACAUAAACCGCACUGUGGCUAUUGUCACAUCUGAUGGACGCAUGAUCGUAGGCACCCUGAAAGGCUUUGAUCAGACCAUCAACUUGAUCCUGGAUGAGAGCCAUGAGCGAGUGUUCAGUUCUAGUCAAGGCGUGGAGCAGGUGGUCCUGGGACUAUACAUUGUUCGAGGCGAUAAUGUGGCAGUGAUUGGUGAGAUUGAUGAAGAGACGGACUCCACACUGGAUUUAGGAAACAUUAGAGCUGAACCAUUGAACUCUGUUGUGCACUGACCACGGGAGUGUUUCUGAAAAUAACAA